GUAACUCUCAACCCAUUUACAUACAGUCUCACUGUACUCUGAGAGGGACAAUGUUUGCCAUAGCUGUGCUGCUGUGUUCAUUGGUCUUCUUUCCGGACAAUGGAGGAGCCAGACUGUCUGUGAUCACUGAAACAGAGUCUCAAAUUAUAUUUAAAAAUGAGUUGAACAAAAUAGCUCAUGAUUUCCAAGCAAAAUUGAGAGGGGAAAUCACCCGCCUUCAGUCGGAUAUGUAUUCCGAGUUUCUAAGAUUUGUUGAGGAAGUUGAUGUGUUGCACGAUACUUUGUCUGAAGCUCUGAGGGUGAAGUUAUCGGAUCAAGUAUCCGAUGUGUUAGAGAAGUUUACUAAAGUGAUGACUUACUCCACACUAAGAGUUCAAGACCUCAGUGAUCAACUGCAGUCAGUAAUGGUGUCACUGGGAUCCUGGACAGAUGAUUUCGAGUCUGCUGUUUUAUUUAACCAUGAUGAUUAUGUAAGAGCCACGAUGCACCACAGGGAACCUUCCAGUAACCAGAGGAGAAGACGUCAUGCCUUAGACUGGCUUCCAGAGGACUCCCAACAAAAGCACUUUAAAACCACCAACAAAACUGAACUGUUCACGCAGCUUCAACAAGAUGAACUGGAAGCUUUCUUUGAAUACAGUGAUGAUUUAGAAAGUAAUGUUGAAUAUGAGAAGUCUCCGUUUGUUCUUAGAGAAUACUCUCCCGUUCUGGGUAGUCAAGUAGCUCAACACCUGCCUCACCAUACUAGUAAUGAGGCUUCCAGAAUAUUACCUAUGGACUGCCUCGACCUUCUGACUGCUGGAUAUCAACAUGAUGGUGUCUACAAAAUCUACCCAGCAGGCAUGAGCGUAGGCGUUGAUGUGUGGUGUGAUCAAGGGAGUGUGGGCGGUGGGUGGACGGUGGUAGUUGGGCGUCGGGCGGGUCACCACCCACUCAUCAACUUCACUAGGCCACAUCUUCAUUACACCCACGGCUUCGGUGACCCAACCUCUCACCACUGGAUAGGUCUUGAGGCUCUGCACGCCCUCACCCGAGACUCCCACACCACACUGCGUCUCCACCUGCUGGACCACCACCUGCACCACGCCAACGCCACUUACACCAUGUUCAGAUGUGCAGUAGGGGUGAUCCUCGACGGUACUUCCCUAGAGGAUUAA